AUGCCGCAUCCGACGCCGCUCGCGGCGCUGCUGCUGCUGCUGCUGCUGCCGCUGGCACUCCUCGGCGGCGUCCGCGCUGGCCCAGCGGCGCUCUGGGGCACGUACCGCCCGAACCUGUACUUCGGGCUGCGCGCACGCCUGCCGCACUCGCCGCUCUUCAGCGUCGCUUGGCACGGCCUGACCGACUUUGGCGGGCACCAGCGCCCGCGCUUCGACGCCGGCAGCGGCCUGGGCACCGACGAGGAGCGCGUGUUCGCGUGGCGCUGGCACGACGGGCGCGCCGCCGGCGAGCAGGUGAUGCGCGACGUCGUCAACAACGCGGCGCUGCGCUUCCAGUGGCUCGGACAGCCGGCCGGCUGGGGCGUGCGCAUCAGCGCCGAGCCCAUCGACACGAGCAAGCCUUCGCUGCUCGCGCUCUACCUCCACUUCGCCGCACCCCAGGCCAUCGAGACCGUCUUCGACUCGGACGAUGCGUACGACGCCGGCGGCCUGCCCGCCGCGCCGGCCGGCUCCGACACGGCUGCCGAGGCGCUGCUCCGCGCCACGAGCGAGCACGCCGAGAUCGGCGAGUGGAGCGUGCGCGUGGCCGAGAGCCCACAGGCCAAGAACGUGCCGGCAGACCCCGAGGAGGAGGAGCCCGUGUGGGGCUUUUGGGGCACGAAGACCGAUCAAGGGUGGAACGCGCAUGAGCUCGUCGGGCGUGCCCUGACAGACUCGGUGCGGGCUUGGCUCGCUGAGAACGGCAAGGGCGGCACGCCGCCGCCGCCGGCAUCGCUGCUUGUGCUGCCGAACGAGAUUGCCGCCGGCGCCAACCUGCUGGCCUUCUCGCGUGGCUUCAAGGGCGCAUUCAGCGUCGACAUCUUCUUCUCGUCGAAUGGCUCUCAGCCGCUCGAUGGCGCGGCCCUCACGGCUGGCCUCGCGGCAAGUCGUGAGGCGUACGAUGAGCGCCUCGAGCGCACGCUCGGCCUGCGCGCCAAGGGCUUCAGCGACAAGCUCGUGGCCUUUGCCAGCGAGCUGACCAGCUCGCUGCUCGGCGGCAUCGGCUACUUCUACGGCUCAAGCAUUGUCGACCGCUCCUUCCGCCAUGCCUACGACACGGGCUCCGGCGGCGGCAAGAUGGACUUCGACGAGGAGGAUCCGCAGCCUGACCCGCGGCUGACGGAGGAGCGAGGACUCCUGACCGCGACACCGUGCCGCGACACGUUCCCGCGCGGCUUCUACUGGGACGAGGGCUUCCACCUGGCGCAGAUCGGCACGUGGGACAACGAUCUGAGCCUUGACAUUCUCGACUCCUGGAUCGACCUCAUCGACGACGACGGCUGGGUCGCGCGCGAGCAGAUCCUCGGCGAGGAGGCGCGCAAGCGGGUGCCGCAAGAGUUCCAGACACAGUAUCCGCUCUACGCCAAUCCGCCAACGCUCAUCAUGGGCCUGACGAUGUACAUCGACCGUCUGAACGCUGCGCAAGACGGCACGGCGCCCGAGAUGGACAUCGGAGGAGCUGCCUCUGGGCAGCAGGUGUUCGGCGCACUGGCCGGCAUCGAAGGUCACGCUUCCGAGCUGCUGCGUGAUGCAGACGCGGCUCGCGACUUCCUCAAGCGCAUCUACUCGCGUCUGCGCACGCACUACCUCUGGUUCCGCCGCACGCAGGCCGGCGAGAUCGACCAGUGGGACCGCGCUGCGCGAUCGAAUGAGGCCUACCGCUGGCGCGGACGCUCAAAGACGCACGUCCUGACCUCGGGCAUGGACGACUACCCGCGUGCACCCGUGCCGCACUCGGGAGAGCUGCACCUCGACCUGCUCUCGUGGAUUGGCUCGUUUGCCGACGCUAUGCGCCGCAUCGCCGAGGCGACCGGCGAGGAGGCCCACGCAGCCGAGUACGCCGAGCACUACAAGGGCGUCGUGCAGAACCUUGAGGAUCUGCACUGGAGCGACGACGAGCAGAUGUACUGCGACGCAUCGGUCGACGAGUUCGACCAAACGUUCCACGUGUGCCACAAGGGCUACAUGUCGCUCUUUCCAUUCCUGCUCGGCCUGCUCGAGCCGGACAGCGAGCGUCUCGCGGCGAUCUUCGAUUUGGUCCAGGACCCGCAGCAUCUAUGGUCCGACUUUGGCGUGCGCAGCCUCAGCAUGCAGGACCCCAACUUCGGCCAGGGCGAGGACUACUGGCGCGGCGCCAUCUGGAUGCCGAUGAACUAUCUCGCUCUCCAGGCGCUGCACAAGAAAUAUGCCCGCGAGCACGGGCCGCAGCAGGAGCGUGCGCAGCAGCUGUACAGCCAGCUGCGCGACAAUCUCAUCAACAACACAUUCAAGGAGUACGAGCGCACCGGCUACGUGUGGGAGCAGUACAACGCUCGCACCGGCCACGGCCAGCGCAACAAGCCGUUCACCGGCUGGACGAGCCUCGUGGCGCUCAUCAUGGCCGAAAAGUACUGAGCAUGUCCGGCCCGCUGCUGGGCCGCGCCGCUACCAACCUAAUUCUAUCUCACUGCUGCGCCGCACGUCGGCUCUCUCAUAACGCGUAUAUUGAGCAAAGGUGACGAGCGUGUCCGGACUGCGCAGCAGGGACUCUACAGCAGGUCGAAGAGGUCCGGCUUCUUCUGUGCCUGCUGC